CCCUAGUGCGCAGUAACAGAGUCGUAACUAGAGACGCAAUAUGGUGGCACAGUAACAAAAGUUAAAAAUUUCUGUUUCCUGAGUGAACGAUGACGACAUAUCUGUCUGCUGAGUUUGUGGAGAGGCACAUCACAAAAUUGUCGUCUACAUUGAUCCCAGAAAUUUGGGAUGUUGAGCAUGGAGGUCAAUUUUACCAGCUUGACUUAAAGAUGUGCCAGAUCUCUGCACUUCAUUUUGAUUUCCAGUGGGGCAAACAACAGUCUGCCAAUCCUCAUCGUGUGUCUUUUCUGGAAAGUCAAUCUCAAGUGGUUCUGAUUGACAUUUCACUCAAUGACCUGACAUUUCUGCACCAGGACUGGCUUGCUCCAUUUAGCAACCUACGAGCUUUGGAUGCUUCUCUCAACCAGCUUAAGCAUGUCGAAGGUGUUGAAGCUUUACCACGGUUACGAAGCUUAAACUUAUCCCACAAUUUACUACAUAAUGCAGAUGGACUUACACAGAGUAUAACAUUGGUAGAUUUGCGCCUGGCAGCCAAUAAUCUGCAAAAUAUUUCCUCCAUGCCUCCUCUGAUAAAUCUCCGCAUUUUGGAUGUCAGCAACAACAAGUUGCAAUCUCUAGAUGGACUGUCAUCGCUACCGAGGCUUGAAGAACUUUAUGCUCAAAGAAAUGAAUUACUAGAUCUUUUGCCAGUUAUGAGUUGUGGAAAUCUGCGUGUACUGAAUGCUGCCAACAAUCAGAUUUCCAAUCUUGAUACAACAGUCAAAGUGUUAACAGGCCUUCGGUUCCUGCAAGCUUUGUCAUUAUAUGGAAACCCCAUUGAGCGCGAGGCACAUUACCAAGCUGACAUCUUACGUGGAACCAGCAUCAUGACUCUGGACAACAUUGUGGUCAAGCCUAUGGCCAAACAAGAGGAAGAUCACCAGAAGCAUGCUGACAACUUAUUCACAUUGAAGGAUGCCGCACGCCUUGCUUUCCAGGAACGCCAGCAUGUGGCCAAGGAGCGGCUGGAUGACAAUGUUAUGUUCCUGCACAAGCGCAUCAAGGCCUUGCAGCAGGAAUACACAGACUUUGAGGCCAAACUAAACGCAGACCUUCAGUCAUGUCUGAGGUAUCUGGACACUUUGUCAGAUGCUGAGUUGCAUAGCACAGACAGGAGUGCACUAGGAGCUGUGUGGGGCCCCAGCCACCAUCUACACCUGUGGAGCAAAGGGUCGCAGGAUACCAGAGGGCACCACCCUCGCACAGACUACUCUCAGAUCAAAGCGACAGAUGAGGUGUUGCGCUGUGCAUACAAUGAGCUCGUUAAGCAGCAUCACGGCAGCGGCGGGGAGUAGAUGCAGGCUCUGAAGAACUGCAAGUAAGGAGAGAAUACUCCUCACAACAUCCUUACCACAGUAUUCCGCUUCAAAAAGAAGAGGACAAACUAUAGCAACGCAGAUUUUCGUGAACGUUUGACCAGGAUUUUAUGUACAGAAGGCAUCUUCUUGAAAAACCAGACGACCGGAGUACCUGUCCGCCCUGACAUUUUGUGUAUGUCUGUUUUCAAUGGACGCUGCUACCAGAAGACAGUUGGUUCAAACCUUAAAAACUUACUUAGGAAAUUGUCAUCAACCCAGUAGCUGCUGACCCCCUUCUUCUUAAAAACAGCUGCGAGUGAAGCACAUUGGGACACAUACAAGCGAGGAAGUUUGCCCAUCUAAAGAAUGUCCAGUUGCUGGAAGAAGCGCAUGAAGUGUUCGAGCAAAGGUCCAAAGCUUCAGGGACAAAAAUCAGACUGGAGAUUUUGGGACAUCUUCCAAUGUUUCCACCUUUGUUGUUCUAUUGAUAACUGCACACCUUUUGGCAGGAUUUGGCAAAGCCACACCACACACACAAACUUCACGCACGUACACAAAGGUUCCAACGACUGUUUUUAUUGUACAAAAGUAUUUCAAAUCAGUGAGGUGGUGAAGACAAAUAUGUUAUACAUAGAUACGUAACAGUAAGAUAAAGCAUCUGCACAUUUUACAAAAUGUUACACAGGAAAUUAUAACAUAUAGAAUGUGGUAUAAAACCUGCGAACAGCUGCAGGUUUUCAAAAACAUUAUUCAACGUUACAAACGAGUUUUAUUUUUAGCAGAAUUUGAAUUAUUAAAAACCUUUGUUAGUCUGUUUACAAGUAAUAUCAAAAACAUUUCUUCUUGAAUUCAAAACGCUGAGAAAAUAUAAUGGAAAUAUACACUUUUCAAUAUAUUUCUGCCUCUAAUGGGCCUGUGACAAAAUACCACAGCCGUUCGUUGGACGAAGAUUAAGUACCAAAGGUAAAUGAAAUGCUGCCAAAGUAGGUAGCAAAAUACUUUUAUAUGUUAAUAAUCAAGUGACAUGAGUUUGCUAUCACAGGUGGGAAUGAUUUGAUUUGAGAAGAAACUGUUAAAAUUUUCGUUGGAGAGAAAUAAAUCAAACAGUUGUUGAUUAUUC